AGCCAAGAUGGAGGGUCUCCGCUCCCCGAGUAAAGGCACGCACCUACGGGUCGCUCUUCGAUGAAAAGAACCAGGACUCUCUCCUCUCCCUGCUCUGCCUCUCUACGCCGGAGUACCAGCGCUGGACCUGUAUAGAACCCGUGGCGACCAGGUGAAGCCAUGAGCUCGGGAGAAGCAGACGACUCGUCUAAGGACGGAGCAGACAUAGCGGCGUUCUUCAAAUCCGACUGCUCUCUUCCCAAGUGUGAACCCAAGCUCGAUUUAGCUGGACACACAGGGUUCAACAGAAAUGAAGAGAUGAAGGCCAUCGAGGUGUUGCCUAUUCUCAAAGAGAAGGUGGCUUUCUUAUCAGGGGGCAGAGACAGACGCGGCGGCCCGGUCCUCACUUUCCCUGCCCGCAGCAACCAUGACAGAAUACGACAGGAGGACCUCAGGCGUCUCAUCGCCUACCUGGCAGGCAUCCCCAGUGAGGAAGUUAGCAGACAUGGCUUCACGGUCAUCGUGGACAUGCGCGGCUCCAAAUGGGACUCUAUCAAGCCCCUGCUGAAGAUCCUCCAGGAGUCCUUCCCCUCCUGCAUCCACGUCGCGCUCAUCAUCAAACCCGACAACUUCUGGCAGAAACAGAGGACCAACUUUGGCAGCUCCAAAUUCGAAUUUGAGACCAUCAUGGUGUCCCUGGAUGGACUGUCCAAAAUGGUGGACCCCUCGCAGCUGACGGCUGACUUUGAUGGCAGCUUGGACUACAACCAUGAGGAGUGGAUUGAGGUGCGUGUGGCCUUCGAAGAGUUCACAAGCAAUGCGGCUCGCGUGCUGACCCGUCUGGAGGAGCUGCAGGACCUGGUGUCUCAGCGGGAGCUCCCAACCGAUCUAGACGGCGCACGGCGCAGCAUAGAGGAACAUGCCUCUCUUAAGAAGCGAGUCACCAAAGCUCCGGUGGAGGAACUGGAUGCUGAGGGCCAGCGGCUGCUGCAGCGUAUCCAGGGUGGCGAGCGGGGCUGUGGGGACGUGCAGGGCCUCAUCCCCAAGGUCUCUGCCCUGCUGGACAAACUUCACAGCACCCGGCAGCACCUGCACCAGGCCUGGCACAUGCGCAAACUCAAGCUGGACCAGUGCUUCCAACUCCGGCUCUUUGAGCAGGAUGCAGAAAAGAUGUUUGACUGGAUUGUGCACAACAAGGGCCUGUUCCUGACCAGCUACACAGAGAUAGGAGCCAACCACCAGCACGUGCUGGAGCUGCAGACCCAGCACAAUCACUUCGCAAUGAACUGCAUGAACGUGUAUGUGAAUAUCAGUCGGAUCAUGUCGGUUGGGAACCGGCUGCUGGAGGCCGGUCACUAUGCUGCUCUGCAGAUCCAGCAGGUGUCGGGACAGCUGGAGCAGGAGUGGAAGGCCUUCGCCGCUGCGCUGGACGAGAGGAGCACCUUGCUGGAGAUGUCGGCCAACUUCCAUCAAAAAACAGACCAGUACUUGAGUAACGUGGAGCCAUGGUGUAAGGCGUGCGGAGAGGGUGAGCUGCCCUCAGAGCUGCAGGACCUGGAGGACACUAUCCACCACCACCAAGGCCUGUACGAGCACAUCAUGGCUGCCUACUCUGAGGUGAGUCAAGACGGGAAGGCCCUGCUGGACAAACUCCAGCGCCCUUUGACCCCCGGCAGUGCCGAUUCGCUGACAGCCUCAGCCAACUACUCGAAGGCUGUCAACCAUGUGCUGGACAUCAUUCACGAGGUGCUGCACCACCAGCGGCAGCUGGAGAACAUCUGGCAGCACCGCAAGCUCCGCCUCCACCAGCGCCUGCAGCUCUGCGUCUUCCAGCAGGACGUCCAGCAGGUUCUGGACUGGAUCGAAAACCAUGGUGAGGCGUUCCUCAGUAAGCACACAGGUGUGGGGAAGUCUCUGCACAGAGCCAGGGCUCUUCAGAAGCGCCAUGAGGACUUCGAGGAAGUGGCACAGAACACAUACACCAACGCUGAUAAGCUGCUGGAGGCUGCAGAGCAGUUGGCUCAGACAGGCGAGUGUGACCCAGAGGAGAUCUAUCAGGCCGCCCACCAGCUAGAGGACCGCAUCCAGGACUUCGUGAGACGAGUGGAGCAGCGCAAAGUUCUGCUGGACAUGUCCGUGGCCUUCCAUACCCACGGCAAAGAGCUGUGGACGUGGCUGGAGGAGCUGCAGAAGGAGCUGCUGGACGAUGUGUAUGCAGAGUCUGUAGAGGCGGUGCAGGACCUAAUCAAGCGCUUUGGCCAGCAGCAGCAGACCACCCUGCAGGUCACCGUCAACGUCAUCAAGGAGGGAGAGGACCUCAUCCAGCAGCUCAGAGACUCGGCCAUCUCCAGUAACAAGACGCCUCACAACAGCUCCAUGGCCCACAUUGAGAGUGUUCUGCAGCAGCUGGAUGAGGCUCAGGCCCGCAUGGAGGAGCUCUUCCAGGAGAGAAAGAUCAAACUGGAGCUCUUCCUGCAGCUCCGCAUCUUCGAGAGGGAUGCAAUCGAUGUCAUCUCGGACCUGGAGUCAUGGAACGAGGAGUUGUCUCAGCAGAUGGGGGAAUUUGACACAGAAGAUUUGACUCUGGCGGAGCAGCGGCUGCAGCACCAUGCUGAUAAAGCUCUCACCAUGAACAACCUCACCUUCCACGUCGUCCACCAGGGACAGGAGCUGCUGCAGUACGUCACUGAAGUGCAGGCUUCAGGUGUGGAGUUGUUGUGUGACCGGGAUGUGGACAUGGCCACUCGAGUGCAGGACUUGCUGGACUUUCUGCGUGAGAAGCAGCAGGAGCUGGAUGCGGCUGCUGAGCAACACCGCCGUCACCUGGAGCAGUGUGUGCAGCUGCGCCACCUGCAGGCCGAAGUCAAACAGGUUCUGGGCUGGAUUCGUAAUGGAGAGUCCAUGCUGAACGCUGGUCUGAUCACAGCCAGUUCACUUCAGGAGGCUGAACAACUUCAGAGAGAGCACGAGCAGUUCCAGCAUGCCAUUGAGAAGACUCAUCAGAGUGCUCUGCAGGUGCAGCAGAAGGCAGAGGCUCUGCUUCAGGCUAAUCAUUAUGAUAUGGAUAUGAUCCGGGACUGUGCUGAGAAGGUGGCAUCUCACUGGCAGCAGCUCAUGCUGAAGAUGGAGGACAGACUGAAGCUGGUCAACGCCUCGGUGGCCUUCUACAAAACCUCUGAACAGGUGUGCAGUGUGUUGGAGAGUCUGGAGCAGGAAUAUAAGAGAGAGGAGGACUGGUGUGGAGGCAGUGACAAGCUUGGGCCAAACUCCGAGACUGACCAUGUCACUCCAAUGAUCAGCAAACACCUGGAACAGAAAGAGGCUUUCCUCAAGGCGUGCACGUUAGCCCGACGCAACGCCGAUGUCUUCCUAAAGUACCUGCACAGGAACAGCGUGAACAUGCCCGGAAUGCUGGCCCAGAUCAAAGCUCCUGAACAGCAAGUCAAGAAUAUCCUGAACGAGCUGCUGCAGAGGGAGAACAGAGUCCUACAUUUCUGGACUAUGAGGAAGAGGAGGCUCGACCAGUGCCAGCAGUAUGUUGUGUUUGAACGCAGCGCUAAACAGGCUCUGGAGUGGAUCCAUGACACCGGCGAGUUUUACCUCUCUACGCACACCUCCACAGGCUCCAGCAUCCACCACACACAGGAGCUGCUGAAAGAGCACGAAGACUUCCAGAUCACAGCCAAGCAAACCAAAGAACGGGUGAAGCUCCUGAUCCAGUUGGCGGAUGGUUUUUGUGAGAAGGGCCACGCCCAUGCCAGCGAGAUCAAGAAAUGGGUCACCUCAGUGGACAAGCGCUACCGCGACUUCUCCCUCCGUAUGGAGAAAUACCGCUCCUGCCUGGAGAAAGCGCUGGGCAUUUCAUCCGACUCCAACAAGGUGAGCAAAGAUUUGCAGCUGGACAUCAUCUCAGCCAGCGCCCCCGAAGCAGAGGUCAAACUCCGAGACGCCAACCAUGAGCUCAAUGAGGAGAAGCGCAAAUCCGCCCGCAGAAAAGAGUUCAUAAUGGCUGAACUGAUUCAGACGGAGAAGGCCUAUGUAAGAGAUCUGCGGGAGUGCAUGGAUACGUACCUUUGGGAGAUGACCAGUGGAGUGGAGGAGAUCCCUGCAGGAAUCGUCAACAAGGAGCACAUCAUCUUCGGCAACAUGCAGGACCUCUACGAGUUCCACCACAAUAUUUUCCUGAAAGAGCUGGAGAAGUAUGAACAGCUGCCUGAAGACGUUGGUCACUGCUUUGUUACAUGGGCCGAUAAGUUCCAAAUGUACGUGAACUACUGUAAGAACAAGCCGGACUCUACUCAGCUCAUACUGGAUCACGCAGGCUCCUACUUUGACGAGAUCCAGCAGAGGCACAGGCUGGCCAACUCCAUCUCCUCCUAUCUUAUUAAACCUGUGCAGAGAAUCACCAAGUACCAGCUGCUCCUCAAGGAGCUGUUGACAUGUUGUGAAGAGGGUAAAGGUGAGAUAAAAGAUGGUCUGGAGGUCAUGCUUAGUGUCCCCAAGAAAGCCAAUGAUGCCAUGCACCUCAGCAUGCUAGAAGGUUUUGAUGAGAAUAUCGAGUCUCAGGGGGAGUUGAUCCUGCAGGAGUCUUUCCAGGUGUGGGACCCCAAGACCCUCAUCCGUAAAGGCCGAGACCGCCACCUCUUCCUCUUCGAGAUGUCUCUAAUCUUCAGCAAGGACGUCAAAGACUCCAACGGCCGGAGCAAGUACCUCUACAAAAGCAAGCUGAUGACCUCUGAGCUGGGAGUAACAGAGCAUGUGGAAGGAGACCCCUGUAAAUUUGCACUCUGGGUUGGACGCACGCCUACCUCAGACAACAAGAUCGUCCUGAAGGCUUCCAGUUUAGAGAACAAGCAGGAGUGGAUCAAGAAUGUACGGGAGGUGAUUCAGGAGCGUACCAUUCACCUGCGGGGCGCACUCAAAGAGCCCAUCCACAUCCCCAAAGCCACUGCCACCAAACUUAAGGGCAGACGGGAGGGAGAGGACCUGGACAGUCAGGGUGACGCAAGCAGCCAGCCAGACACGAUCUCCAUCGCCUCCCGCACCUCCCAAAACACCCUGGACAGUGACAAGCUGUCUGGCGGUUGUGAACUGACAGUGGUCAUCCAUGACUUCAUGGCCAGUAAUGGCUCAGAGUUGACUGUGAGGCGAGGUCAGACCGUGGAGCUCCUGGAGAGGCCACAGGACAAGCCUGAGUGGUGCUUGGUGCGCACCACUGACCGCUCACCUGCCCAGGAAGGCUUAGUGCCCAGUGCCAUGCUGUGCAUUGCCCACUCCCGCAGCAGCAUGGAGAUGGAGGGAAUCUUCAACCACAAAGAUACCCUCUCUGUGUCCAGUAAUGAUGGUGGACUGUCAGGCAGUGCUACUCUGCAGCCGGGGCACCUGCAGGGUUCUCCAGGGGCCAAGCGGCCAGGCAACACGCUGCGCAAAUGGCUGACCAGCCCAGUGCGGAGGCUCAGCAGUGGAAAGGCGGACGGCCACGUAAAGAAGCUGGCACACAAGCACAAGAAGAGCCGUGAUGUGCGCAAGAACGCAGACGGCGGCUCACAGAAAGACUCAGACGACAGCGCAGCCACGCCCCAGGACGAGAGCGUGGAGGAGAGGAUGAGAAAUGAGGGAUUGAGCAGUGGCACGCUCUCCAAGUCAUCCUCCUCAGGCAUGCAGAGCUGUGGGGAGGAGGAAGGAGAGGAGGGGGCCGACUCUGUUCCCCUGCCACCGCCCAUGGCCAUUCAGCAGCACAGUCUGCUUCAUCAGGACUCCCAGGAGGACAAGGCUUCUUCUCGUCUCUCUGGACGCCCCAGCAGCUCUGAGACACCCAGUGCAGCCGAACUGGUCAGUGCCAUCGAGGAACUCGUCAAAAGCAAGAUGAAUCUUGAGGACCGGCCCAGUUCCCUCUCGGUUGAUCAUGCAGACAGUAGUAGCCCUUCCUGUAAUCCCUCUGAUAACUCCCUCCUGUCCUCCUCUUCACCUGUCGAUGAGAUGGAUGAGCGCAAGACAGGCUUCCUCAAGAAACGCCACUACGUGCUUCUGGAGCUGGUAGAGACAGAGAGAGACUACGUUAGAGACUUGGGUGCAGUAGUAGAGGGCUACAUGAGCCGGAUGAAGGAGGAGGGGGUUCCGGACGACAUGAAGGGCAAAGACAAGAUUGUGUUCGGAAACAUCCACCAGAUUUACGACUGGCACAAAGACUUCUUCCUGGGUGAACUGGAGAAGUGCCUGGAGGAUCCUGAUAGGCUAGCGCCUCUGUUCAUCAAACAAGAACGGCGAUUACACAUGUACAUAGUCUACUGCCAGAACAAGCCCAAAUCAGAACACAUCGUCUCUGAGUACAUAGACACUUAUUUUGAGGAUCUGAAGCAGCGUUUGGGCCACAGGCUGCAGAUCACAGACCUGCUGAUCAAGCCGGUGCAGAGGAUCAUGAAGUACCAGCUGCUGCUGAAGGAUUUCUUGAAGUUUUCCAAAAAGGCUGGAGUGGACACGACAGAAUUAGAGAAAGCUGUGGAGGUCAUGUGUGUCGUUCCCAAACGCUGCAAUGACAUGAUGAACGUGGGCCGUCUCCAGGGCUUUGAUGGGAAAAUCGUAGCGCAGGGUAGACUCCUCCUGCAGGACACUUUCAUGGUGUCGGAUCAGGACAGCAGCCUGCUGUCCCGCAUGAAGGAGCGUCGUGUCUUCCUCUUUGAGCAGAUAGUCAUCUUCAGUGAGCCUCUGGACAAGAAGAAAGGCUUCUCCAUGCCGGGCUAUCUGUUCAAAAACAGCAUUAAGGUCAGUUGGUUGGGACUAGAGGACAGUUCAGACAAUGACCCCUGCAAGUUCACUCUGACCUCGAGGUCGUCCACAGGAGGCACAGAGCGUUACAUCCUGCACUCAUCCAGCCCAUCGGUCUGCCAGACCUGGGUCCACCAAAUCAGCAGCAUCUUAGAGAACCAGAGGAACUUCCUCAAUGCUCUAACAUCUCCCAUUGAGUACCAGCGGAACCACGUAGGGGCAAGUGGUUCGGGCGGUCCCAGCAGUAGCAGUGGCCUACCUGGAGGCAGCAGUAGCAGCAGCAGCAGCUCGUCUUCGCGCUCCCGCAGUUCCAGAAUCCCGCAGCCUUCCUCCCGUCUCCCCCAGCCAGUGCAGCACCAUCACCCAGACAGCCGCACAUCAGAGUGAAAGCAGCAGCAGUAGCAGUGUAUCCACCAUGCUGGUGACCCAGGACUACGUGGCUGUGAAAGAGGAUGAGAUCAGUGUGUUUCAGGGCGAGGUCGUGCAGAUUUUGG